AUGAUUGAUAUUUUAAAUGAUACUAUCAAUCAAUAUCCAUCAUUGACAGUCGAUGGAUCUUAUUGUAAACUUUAUGAAUUAAGAUUAAAAGAUUUAGUAGCUUACAAUCGAUAUCGUAGAGAACAAGAAGUUCAAUUUGUUCGUGAAAAAUUAAUUGAAGAUCAAUCAAUUGAUAAUUGUUUAUCUGAACAACAAUUACGUAAAGAAUUUAUAAAUCAAAGACAAGAACGAACAAAACUUCAAUCGCAAGAAAUUUUACCAAAUAAUUACAAAAAACGACCUAUUUAUAUUCCAGUAAAAACAAAACAAACUAUUACAUUAAGUAUUACAUCAAAUAAUGUUCCAACAAUAACAGAACCUCGAUCAAAGUGUACUGUAAAAACCAAACUACCUCCAAUACCAAGAAAACGUGAACGUAUAACAAGUGCACCAACAUCUUGUCCAAAAAAUAUAAAUAAACGUAAAAUAAUUCCAACAAUUACAAUUGAUUAUGCAGAUGAAACUUUAUCAAAAGCUAAUAAUCAUUCAUUUACACAAGUGACAUCAUCAUCACAAAAUUAUCAUAAUAAAAGGCAUAACCACGCUCGACAAUCUACACUUGAGACAAUAAUGGGACAUCUUGAUUCUUAUAAAUCAGUUAAUUUUUCUAAGGGAUCUAUUUAUCAAGAUAUUGAACAUAAAUUUUCAUCGAGUAUUGCACCAGAUGUCUAUGAAAAUUUUGAACGUAUUCUUUUUUAG